AUGGAACCGGACCGGGGUCGCCGUACGGCUGAGCGCCUCAAUUGCAAUGAAAAAGUGCAUUCUCUUCAGUCGCACUCAACACCACGGCUGAGAGCUUAUGAAAACCGACCGGGGUCGCGCGGAUGCGGUCGUGGGGACUUGGGUUUGCGGCCGGUGGUGGGGGGUUCGCCUCUCGUCGUCGUCGUUCACUCUUCGCCUCCUGCUUCCGUUUUCUUCUCUGUUGGGCGGGGCCUCCGCCUCCUCGGUGUGCUGGCGUUUCGUUCGUCCCGGUUUUCCGGCCUUCGCCGUGACCGGCGUCGUUCGGUGUCGUCGAACCUGAAAUACCGCCACUUCCGUCGUUUCCUCGCUCACCCGGUGAAAAAGGGGACGGGUCGCUCGGCGGCCCUCUUUGCUACGCCAAGGGCGCGGGCUCCGCCGAUUGGGGCCCGCGCUCGACCCUUAGCCGGGACCGUGCUGGGCGGGGAGUUUGACUGGGGCGUACGAAUACGGACCGCGAAAGCGUGGCCCAUCGAUCCUUUCCGAGCGGAGAGCUCCAUUCCGCCGAGAGGUGUCAGAAAAGUUACCACAGGGAUAACUGGCUUGGGCGGCCAAGCGUUCGUAGCGACGUCGCUUUUGAUCCUUCGAUGUCGGCUCUUCCUAUCAUUGCGAAGCAGAAUUCGCCAAGCGUUGGAUUGUUCACCCACUGACAGGGAACGUGAGCUGGGUUUAGACCGUCGUGAGACAGCCGGAACCGCGACCGGUGCCGUCACGGUAUUACGAAAGGUCUCUUUCGUUCCGCUGGAGCCUGCCAUAGCGGGCGUCGUUGUCGCUAGGGGCGGUUGCGGUCGUCGUGGUCCGCGUCGGUGGCGCUCGUCGUCGCCGUGCGCGUCCGCUACUUCGGCUGUUGUCACCUUGAACGUGGCGGCGUCUGCGAACGGGCCACCUGAUUUGACAUCCGCGACAGGCGGGAUUUUGCCGUCGCCGUCGAAUUACGAACCCCCGUGGAGCGUGAGACGAGGAUCGCUCGUAGACCACUUGACUUCAGGCUCGGGGUGUCCCCUCGACCGACUUGAUUCGUCCUCCGCGAGGGACGACUCUUACUUAGUUCAACGAAUUCCAACCACUCUGCGAUCUAUUGAGACUAAGCAGCCCUCGACCGACUCGUCCUCCACGAGGGACGACGCUGACUUAGUUCAAAGAACUCCGUGUUCCGAUAUCCUUCGUUCGUAUGAUAUCAGUUUUAUUUCUAUUUCUCCGUUUCAACAGACAGAAGGUAAGUGCGUAAAGUGCGUAAUUUUGUCGAAGGCCUUCGUUUGCCGUAGCCGGACUCCCGUAAUGCGCCUUAAGAGGCAUGUGCGUAAGUCCCGUAGAAGGCCUUCGUUUGCCGUAGCCGGACUCCCCGUAAUGCGCAUUACAAGGUAUGUGCGUAAGUCCCGUAGAAUCGUUAAAUGCCUAAGUUCGUCGAAUGCCUUCGUUUACCGUAGCCGGACUGCCGUAAUGCGCCUUGAAGGUGAGUGCGCCUUCGUUUGCCGUAGCCGGACUCCCGUAAUGCGCAUUACGAGGCAUGUGCGUAAGUCCCGUAGAAUCGUUAAAUGCCUAAGUUGCCGGACUCCCGUAAUGCGCCUUAGCGAAAACGGCUACCACAUCCAAGGAAGGCAGCAGGCGCGCAAAUUACCCACUCCCGGCACGGGGAGGCCCCGCGAUCGGAAUGAGCUACACUCAAAUCCGUUAACGAGGACCAACCGGAGGGCAAGUCUGGUGCCAGCAGCCGCGGUAAUUCCAGCUCCGGUAGCGUAUAUUAAAGUUGUUGCGGUUAAAAAGCUUGAUAGUCCGAACUCCAGGUUCGUGGUCGCAUUCGCGGCCCCGGGGCGGCGGCGCCAUCGUCCGUCGUUGACUUUGGUCGUCCGUGCGCAUUCCCGGCCCUUUUCCGCCGGUGUCAACCGCUUGCAUAUCCGCCACGUGUGUCGCCGGGUCGUUACGUGGCGCGCGCGGUUAAGACGGUGCGGUCCAACGCGGCGUUUCUCCCAGUCGAUGGCGGCCAGCGGCGUUCACUCGUCGUCUGCGUCGCCGUCGUCGCCUAAAAAGGGCGGGCGUCGCGUCGCCCGUCUCGCGUUGUCGCCGCGGGCUUCACUGCCGCUGUUCUAUCCGCGCGGCGGCCCCUCUUCCCCUCUCGUUCUCCACUCACCUCGGCCCUGCUCUACCUACCUCCGCGUCUAA